AUGGAAAAAGACUUGAAAAUAUCUGUGCAGGUGGAGCCAGUCAUGGAGAAAAGCUACGGAGGAGUCGGCCGCUGUAAGUGCUCAUUCUGGUUUGCAGUGGCCCAUGACAUACUCGGCGUCAUGAUCAUGAUGGUGGGGGUGUUUGGAGGGCUGGUGAUCCACGACUUGUUCAUCUAUGCGGGGGCUAUCCUCAUCUUCCUCAGUCUGAUCUGGUGGGUGUUCUGGUACUCCGGGAACAUCGAUGUGCCACCUGAGGAGCUGGAGGACGACGUGGCGAUGAUGAAGCAGAGGAACAAGGGGCUCAGCCGGGCAGUGAGGCAAGUGUCCGGACGCCUCUCCAACAGGAUCAGGAACUCUUUCAGGAAAAAUGGCAGAUCCACAGAGGACAGUAACAGACCAGGUGCAGAGGUGUCUCUUUCUACUAUCUAUGACAACACCUUCGCCUCGUCCUCUAAAGACAUCUACAGAGAGACACUGUCAAUAUGA